GUACAGCUUAAAUAGAGAUACCGAAAACAUAGCAGACACACUCACAACUACAAUGGCUUCUUCUCUGCCUCAUCCCAUAGGAAAAACCUCCCUUCUCAUCACUUUAUUCCUCUUCUUCUCAUUCUUUACCUUCUUAGCUCAUGCUGUUGUUCCUCAAAACGAAACCUUCAAAUUCGAAAACUCUGGUGAACUAGGCCCUUACAUUGUUGAGUAUGGAGCUGACUACCGAAUGAUAAGCAUCUUCACCUCUCCAUUCCAAGUUGGUUUCUACAACACCACCCCAAACUCCUUCACUCUCGCUCUGCGUGUGGGCCUCCAACGCUCGGAGUCGCUCUUCCGGUGGGUCUGGGAGGCCAACAGAGGCAACCCAGUUAAAGAAAACGCCACCUUCUCGCUUGGAACCGACGGUAACCUCGUGCUUGCCGACGCUGACGGCAGAAUCGCGUGGCAAACAAACACCGCCAAUAAGGGCGUGGUGGCGUUCAGGUUACUUCCAAAUGGCAACAUGGUGUUACUUGAUGCAAACGGGAAAUUCGUCUGGCAAAGUUUUGACCACCCCACCGAUACGAUCCUGGUGGGGCAGUAUCUGAGAGCUGGUGGGCCACGUGAGCUCGUUAGCAGGCUUUCCGAGAAGGAAAAUGUGAAUGGACCUUAUAGCUUGGUGUUGGAGAGUAAAGGGCUGGGCUUGUACUACAAGCCCAAGAACGCUCCCAAGCCCAUUCGCUAUUGGUCUGAAUCUUAUGUUGAAAAAGGCUCAUUGGAAAAUGUCACAUUCACAUCUGACUCAGAAAGUUUUGAAAUUGGGUUUGAUUACUUUGUUGCCAACUCUUCCAAUUUUGGCAACAGGAUCCUUGGUAGGCCAGUCAACAACAGUACCUUGACAUAUCUUAGGCUUGGAAUUGAUGGUAACAUUAAGUUCAACACUUAUUUCCUAGAUGUGCGUGAUGGUGUUUGGAAAGUGACCUACACUUUGUUUGAUAGAGAUUCUGAUGAGAGUGAGUGCCAAUUGCCACAGAGAUGUGGGAAAUUUGGGCUUUGUGAGGAAAAUCAAUGUGUUGCUUGCCCAUUGGAGAAUGGACUAUUUGGGUGGAGUAACAAUUGCAGUGCUAAGGCUGUAACAUCAUGCAAGGCAAGUGAAUUCCACUACUACAAACUUGAAGGAGUUGAGCAUUACAUGAGUAAAUACACUACUGGGGAUAGAGUAAGUGAAACUAAUUGUGGAAACAAAUGCACCAAAGACUGCAAGUGUGUGGGGUAUUUCUACAACAAGGAUAACUCAAGGUGUUGGGCAGCGUAUGAUCUACAAACCCUUACUAGAGUGGCGAAUUCCACCCAUGUAGGCUAUAUCAAGGUGCCUAAUCAGAAAUAAUUUGAGCCUCUGUCCUUGGGAUAAUUUGAAACCAUUUCUUAAUAUUGGUUUUAGAUUGCAAUAAAUUUGUGGUUUGUCUUUGUUCUCCAAGUGGAGAAGAGCAUUUGUUUAAAAUGAAUUAAGAAGUUUGCAAUGAAUAAAUAAAUAAAUGGUUUGUCUUCAAAA